UCCUCCAUUUUCUGAGCUUCCAAACAGCUUCAGCCGAACCCUCUCACUUCUCCUUCUCCAUCUCUCUCCGACCUUGCGAGAGCCGAGCGACCCCCUACAGUCUCCGCCAUGUUCCGACGAGCUUCAAGCCUUUUGGCCCGCCCUCUUCGCUCUGCCAGGGCCAGAUCCUUCUCCACCGAUCUGCCGGCGGCUUCCUCCCCCGACGAGGCCUUUGUCGAGACAUGGAAGAAGAUGAUCCCUAAUAUUGAUCCUCCCAAAACUCCGCUCUCCUUCAUGGCUCCUCGUCCCGCUACGCCUUCUUCCAUUCCUACUAAGCUCACUGUCAACUUCGUGCUUCCCUAUGCCUCGGAGCUCUCGUCCAAAGAGGUUGACAUGGUAAUAAUUCCAGCGACAACUGGGCAAAUGGGUGUUCUCCCUGGUCAUGUAGCUACAAUUGCAGAAUUGAAGCCAGGGGUUCUAUCAGUUCACGAGGGGAGUGAUGUGAAAAAGUACUUCGUGAGCAGUGGUUUUGCAUUCGUUCAUGGCAACUCGUUUACUGACAUAAUUGCUGUCGAAGCUGUGCCUGUAGAUCAAAUUGACGCUAGCCAAGUACAGAAGGGUCUUGCCGAAUUCACCCAGAAGUUGAGCUCUGCCUCAACAGACUUGGAGAAAGCAGAGGCCCAAAUCGGAGUCGACGUGCACAGUGCCCUGAAUUCCGCCCUUACAGGAUAGUUUCCUCGGCUUCAGUUGAUCUAUUUCCAAUUGUAUGUUCCUUCAUAAUCUGCCUCAUUUGACAGUUUGAGUUGUCUUCUCUGGUCGAAAUACCCACUGGAACAUCAUCUCGGGCUUACUAUUUUCUGUGUUGAAUUUGAAGUGAUUCACAAAUAAAUACUUAGGAUGGUUUUUUUGCUUGGCCUUCAGUAGUUGGUCAUAAUCUGGUGCCACCAAUCCCAAAAACAUAGAAGAAUUUCAUUUGAAUUUGUAUGGCUGAUUCAAUUCAAAUCAUCAUGUCAUUUGAUAUCAA